ACACGCGUUUGCAGGGUCGAGGAGAGAUCGCUGUCUUUUCUUCUCUGGGGAACGUGUGGAUUACUGUACUGGAAAUCAUCUUUCGUCCAGCUUCCAGCAGCGCCCCUUUGGCUACAGAGAGUAGGAUCGUCUGCCUAAAACCCUGAGAAAAAAACUAGACUCUGCUGGAUUGCUUCACAGUGACUGCCUCUUGCACAAUGGGCAACCUGCAGAAUAAGAUGGAGAGGACAAACGAAAGGAACUGGUUCGGACCACAGUUCAGCAUAAAAGAGGCAUGGAGUGGUUCCCAAAACCCUAUGGAAGAAUCUCCACUGGAGCCUUCCCAAGAGGAUCUUUUUGAGUUGGAUGAUAAGAAUUUCGUUCUGGCAUUGGAGAGCAGCAUGGAGGAAGAGAAGGAACCGUCCAGUUCUGACGUGCUGAACUUGCCACUUCCAGCGCAAGCAGAAGCACAUUGUGUCCAAGUUCCCCUGAACAGCACCCCAGGCGAGGUCCCAAAGCUGCGUAGAAGCAGGCGCCUCCUAAGACAGUCCUCCUCCACGUCCCUUGAGCCAGAGGACACCACCACUAUGGAGCCACCAGCAAAAAGGCAGAGGAUCUCUUUUGUGUGGAGAUACUUCACGACCAUAAGUAAAUUUGUGGUCCAGUGCCGUGUCUGCCAUAGGGCCAUUCGCCUUGGGAGGCCUGAUGGUUGCCAACUGGUGGGAACCACUGCAAUGCACAGUCACAUGAUGAGAAAGCACAGGGACGUCCUUGAGAAGGCGUCAGAAAGUGGCAAGACUGCAUCUUCCAGGCCUCGAACCCGGUCUGUCUCAGGCACCUUGGGGUCUCACUCCGCUCUUAACGAGGUAGCAGGAAGUGGCCAGAUGACACCCUCCAGGCCUCACACUCGGUCCAUGUCAGGCAGUUCUAGAUUGCAGUCCACUCCGCUGACCUGUGUGGCAUGCCAGCCAAUGGAAUUCACUUUGCUAGAGGGCAACAGCAGCCAAGAUUUUGAGUCCAGAGAUGGCAACGCUGUGCUGGUACCGGAGGACUGUGCAAAGGAAAGGGCACUACCAGGACUCAAGGAAGGAGGAGCCUCUGGCUUCAAAAUGCCCCAAAAGAACCCACUUCAAAAGGUUGCCGCCAACAUGGAACCAUCAGCCCAUCGUGGGAAAACGUCUUUUGUGUGGAAACUCUUCGCCAAGGAUGCCAAUAGCAAAUUUGCGGCCCGUUGCAGUCAAACUGUUAGUCUUGGGAAGCCCAGUGGCUGCCAGCAGGUGGGAACCACCACAAUGCACAGUCAUCUCAUGAAAUGGCACAGAGAUGUGGCUGACAAGGCCGAAAGAAGCAGCAAUACAACACGCUCCUUCCCUCCUAGGCAGAAAGAAAAGGCAAAUGACCGGCUCUGUGGAGGAAAGAUGGAAGAGCUAGGCUCUGUGGCAACUGACGCAGGGGAAAGAGCAGGGGUAGCUCCUCACGUCGUCCAGGCGAGGGGCAGUGUGACAGCCUCAAAGAGAACCGCACAGGAGAUCCUGGGUGAGGAGGACGUCCUUGGCUCUGAAGCUCGGCGCCAACGUUUCAGGCAUUUCCGCUACCAGGAGGCCGAGGGGCCCCGAGAGGUUUGCAGCCAAUUCCACCGCCUCUGCCAACAGUGGCUGAAGCCAAGGAGACUCACCAAGGCUCAGAUGCUGGACCUGGUGAUCCUGGAGCAGUUCCUGGCUUCCCUCCCCCCGGAGAUGCAAAGCUGGGUCAAAGAUUGUGGGCCGGAGACCAGCGCCGAGGCAGUGGCCCUGGCUGAAGGUUUUCUCAUGAGCCAAGUGGAAGACCAGAAGGAGGCUGAGGCGCAGGAGAUGUCAUCCAAAGCAACUUCACAUUUCAUGGAGGCAGAGAACACCCUGCCAGAUGCCACCGAGAGGCCACUGUUCAGGGAGAUCAAACAGGAGGCUGACAUGGGCACCACCUUUCUGGGAUGUCGAACAACGUUUGGAGACACCGAGAUGGCCCCAGAGGUUCCUUCUAGGCCUCCUCCUCUUUGUGGUGGACUGGGAAUGGCUUCUGCUCAGUUGGAACAGGCUCCCGUGUCCCUUGAGGAGGUGGCAGUGGAUUUCAAAGAGGACGAAUGGGCUCUGUUGGAUCCGAGCCAGAGAGCGCUGCACAAAGAAGUCAUGGAGGAGAAUUAUGCGAGUCUGGUAUUUCUAGGACUACCAGUUUCCAGAUCUGACAUCGCUUUGCAGAAAUAAUGGGAAAAUGCACUCACUGAGGGCUCUGAAGAAGAGGAGAAAUUAGCAGGCGAUGGGAGUGAUGGUGAUGAAGAAAACAGUCCUCAAAGAAAGAAAACUGAACAAAAGCAGAAGAAGCGCUUGACUUCUGUAGGGACUGGCUUCCGUGAAGUUC